UGGCCACCUUGUCAUCAAAGCAAAGCCUCAGAGGCUCAGAAAACCUUUGUUUACGUGUUCUGUUAUUUUCAUCAAAGUAUUUAACUAUUACAUAUUGUAUAAAGUAUUCGAAAUUGUGUGGAAAAUGCCUUCCGACGUUCAAUCUGAAACCCGGCGACAUAGGAAAGUGGAACACGAGCUUCAGUUGUUGCUAAAAGCUAUGGAUGAUGUCAGAACUAAUAUCAAUUUAGAAGAUAAUCCGGAGUUGGAAAAACUGCAAGUGGAAAACAUGAAGCUCAAACAUCGUUUGGCCAUUCUGAACAGGGCCAUCGCUUUAGAACAGGGUUGUACCUCUGUAGAUAUUGUUGGCGAACCUGUGUCCAUACUAGACCAUCUUUCCAAUUUAUUCACAGAAGCUAUUGCAAAAGCAUUCCCCCAGGUGUGCAAUGAUGUUCCGACGGUUAUUACCGUUUCCAGCUCUUCCAAGUUUGGUGAUUAUCAAUGCAAUAAUGCAAUGCAACUUGUGCAAAAGCUCAAAGCAAAUGGCGUUAACAUCAACCCACGCGAUGUGGCCAUCAAGAUUAUGAACUCAUUGCCCAAAUCUGUCGUUAUCGAAAAAGUCGAAAUCGCCGGAGCAGGAUAUGUCAACGUUUUCCUUCAUAAAACGUUCUGUGCAUCGGCGAUUAUGUCUAUACUGAAACAGGGUGUAAAACCCCCGCGUUGCGAGAAAAAACGUGUUAUCGUGGACUUUUCAUCCCCCAAUAUUGCCAAAGAAAUGCAUGUGGGGCAUUUGCGGUCUACAAUCAUCGGUGAAUCCAUUUGUCGAUUCUUGGAGUUCCUUGGCCACAAUGUUCUUCGUCUGAAUCACGUUGGCGACUGGGGCACACAAUUUGGCAUGUUGAUUGCUCAUUUACAGGACCGAUUUCCGAAUUAUUUGAAUGUGUCUCCUCCGAUUGGUGACCUGCAGGCAUUCUACAAAGAAAGUAAAGCCCGAUUCGAUUCAGACGAGGAAUUCAAGAGACGUGCGUAUGCCUGUGUGGUAGAUUUGCAGGGUGGAAAUACAGACUCUUUGAAGGCUUGGACAUUGAUUUGCGAUGUAUCAAGGAAAGAAUUCCAAAAGGUUUAUGAUCGUUUAGACGUUAAACUUAUCGAAAGAGGAGAAUCGUUUUACCAGAAACGUAUGGAAAAUAUUGUCAAGGAGCUUGCUGCCGCUGGGUUCCUGGAAGAGGACGAGGGACGAAAGAUCAUGUGGGGAGAACAUCGAGAAGGGAUUCCACUGACAAUCGUCAAGUCUGAUGGUGGUUUUACGUACGAUACUUCGGAUAUGGCUGCUAUAAAACAACGUCUGCAUGAAGAGAAGGGUGAAUGGUUAAUUUACGUUACGGAUGCUGGGCAAGCUACACAUUUUCAGACAUUGUAUUCAUGUGCACGUCGUGCUAAAAUUCUAGAUCCCAAUUUGCACCGUGUUGAUCAUGUCGGUUUCGGUGUGGUGCUGGGAGAAGAUGGUAAAAAGUUUAAAACACGGUCCGGCGAUAGUGUGAAGUUGACCGAAUUACUAGACGAAGGUCUGAAACGAUCGCUCAGCAAGUUGUUGGAAAAGGAACGAGACAAAGUUCUCACCCCCGAGGAAUUGAAAGCCGCACAAGAAUCGGUGGCGUAUGGCUGCAUCAGGUAUGCAGAUUUGUCGCACAAUCGAAAUAACGAAUAUGUUUUCUCUUUUGAUAAGAUGUUGGAAGACAAGGGUAACACAGCUGUUUAUCUACUUUACUCAUACACUAGAAUUCGCUCGAUUGCUCGUAAUUGUGGUGGGGAUUUUGCAAACAACAUUGAAAAUGUAAUUGCUUCUACAAAUUUAGUCUUCGAUCACGAAAAAGAAUGGAAGUUGGCGAAGGUUCUACUUAAAUUCACUGACGUUAUGAAACUUAUAUCAAAGAACCUUUGUUUACAUCACCUCUGUGAAUUUGUGUAUGAAGUCAGUACGACAUUUACCGAGUUUUACGACAGCUGCUAUUGCAUCGAAAAGAACAAACAAGGAGAAAUCGUCAAAAUAAAUGCUGGACGCGUGCUACUUUGCGAAGCCACAUCACGAGUUCUCGGAAAAUGUUUCGACAUACUCGGGCUGAAACCGCUACAUAAAAUUUAAGCUUGUUUCCUGUUAUCCUUAAACCAUGCUAAACAUUGCAUUUGUGGAUUUUUAUCUAAAAAAUUAAAGUUACUCAAAAAUAUCCUGGGGCCCUAUUCUCACAGUCACGUCACUCAGUGUCUUGAACAAAAUUUUUUAUUUGUACAUACAUAUUGAUUGAAACUAACAAGGUUAAUUUUUAAUGUUUUCAACGUAAACCCAAAAUAUUAAAUUCAUAUUACCCGAAUAGGAGGGAUGCAGAACUCGAGUUGAAACUGAGCUAGACCAUUUCUAUUCUAGAAUAGACUCAUUUGAGAUUUCACCACUAUAGUCAAAAACGAACUUAUCAGCCUCAUUCUGCAUUACGGAGGAUCGCUUUUUCGAAUGAAUCUGAUUUGCAUUCUCAAUAACGACAGCAAAUUCAAGCGGAAACCUGCUUCGAUCGAACAAUUUUCAUUCAAAAAAGUGGUCCAUCGUAACGCAGAAUAAGACGCAAUAACGUAACUAUAUCUUGAAUGAAAAGCAAACUGUUUUAUUUUUUAAGCACAAGGAAACUAAAAUAAAACUAGAUCAUAGAUUCUGCCCAAAA